AAGCGAAUCCCGAAGCAUACUGCAGGUAAUAUAUUGCGUGAGUUAGACGGCGAGCGGCCUGAAUACACGGGCCCGGAUGUAUGCCUGGCCCUGCUGAUGCUCUGCUGAUGGCAUGGCAACAUGCUGCUGCUGCUGCGCGACUGCCUUCGGGCCAGCCAGUCAGCCAGCGCACCCCAUACCCUCGCCAGCCACAGCCACUCGCCAUCGCGCGCAUGUGGCACUCACGUGCAAUACGUCCAGGGCCUCCAGCCUGCGCCAACCUUCCGGGAGCCCCUCGGUUCGAGCGACCUACCGCUCGCUACUGGAACCCUCACGAGAACAUUCCGCCUCGUCUCGGCGGUUCCCCGAUAGAAGGACAUUCCUCCCUUGUAACGAAGACGCUCACUGAUCGCUUCAGAGCUGCGAGCGGCCUUACCACGGUUGGUUGGGACCAACUCCGGGUGAUCGCUAACAUGUGGUUAGCUAAACCGGGAAUGUUCAGGCCUCCGAAGUCCACCCGAGGGUUGACAACGCCAGUCCAGCUAACCUCAAGGCGUGCUCAGCGGGGACAGAUCAGAGCUCGGGUUCAAAGGCGAGGAAGGAAGGCCCGGUCAGCCGAGGAAUGUCGAACAGACCUCAACUAAUCCCACAUCGGGACUCAGAGUCCUGCCGACCCUGACCCUGACCCUGAUCCUGACCUGACCUGACCGGAUUCUGUUGUGCUGUAGCAGCUGUGGGGUUUGAGGCACCAAACGGAGAUGGCGACUGUAGACCCGACCCCCGGCCUGACCCGACCCGACUCGACCGGACCCGACCGGACCCGCGUGGGAACCGAGCGGUUAGAGUUCGUUGGAACCGAGUGGGUCUUGACAACGAAAAGCGUGCGGAGUGCUGAACUGCGCGUGGGCGCGCAGCGCACAAUGCGCGCACGGCUUCACGUUUCAACCAAUUCCUCGAGCUGGUCUCGUCGUCGACGAAUUCGGGCAAAUAAGAUCUUGGAUCCGGUGGAGCGUGGUUUUCCCAUUGCCCUUCAUUUAUCAUGAAUUCUAUUCGAUGCUGUUAGUGGCUCUGUGCCCUCCUGCCUGCCUCGUACUAUGCGGGUACAGCCAAUGCAUGCGUCUAACACACUCUUUGAUGAAGAAGAAGAAGCAGCAGCAGGAGGAGCGACAACGGACGACGACGGGGUUAUUGUCUCAAGUACAAAUGGAGCCAAUAAUACAAACCUUCCAUCAAACGCUUUGGGUCAAUAAUUUGAUGAUGUUGCAUUAUUCGCAGGUUUAUAAUGGCCGGACUGAUUUGUAGCGGUAUGGGUGAUGAGCUAAGCGAGCAGCUACUGUGUAGCGGCACCAUCAAGCCGAGAGGAGGGGGAGACAUGUGCCGAGGGCACUGUUCGACCUUUCUUGUUAGAGAUUGUCUUAAAGGGAAGUACCAGCAAAAGGCUUUUCCUCUUCCCAACAAAAUGUUGUGUUGCCCCCCGCCCCCUGCCUCCCGGCCGGCAAGUGGUUCCAUUCAUCUCGCACCUCGUCUCCCACUGUUGUACCGCCACCACUCUGCGAGAGUUUUGAAUGCUCGAACCUCGUUGAAUAGCCUCCCUUUUUGCACGCAGUUUGCGACCCUAGCCUCACGCUGCGUGUCUGUGGCAAGUUACCGAACAAGGUCAAAGGUUUGAUUCGGUACAAGACAGCGCUGCAAAGUGUUGUUUCACAGAGUGCAUUUUCUCCUGACAGUAUUUGAAAAUCAAAUCCACGGAAAGCCAUGUGCAUGAACAAAGCACACACGAGGUACGUAUCCCACUCUCAUAAAUAGCUGUAUUUCUUAAGUCCACUCAAAGGAAUCGUCGACUUCCAUUGGCAGACGUUUUUCUAGGCAAGAUAUUAAUUUCCUACUAGUGCCAUAAAAGGGUUUUGGUCAAACGAGGCUUCGAACGAAGCUCGUACCGUUACCUUCUCGAUCAAAACUUGUCGCUGAAUGUUGACAUCUAAAUUAUUUCUUUCCUGGGUCACCAUACUUAUCCUGAAUUCGAAAGAAUUCGAGUAUCUCUACGUGCUGUAGUUGACACUCAACGCUUCAUUAUGAGAGAUCAGCACACAUUGGGAUCCGAUAAAAUAGGAUACGGUUUAAUCUAACGUAUGGCCUUGAUGAUUCUCAAGUGUAUUAUCAUGUGUUACACGUAUUGACGGGCAAUCGUGAACCUUGAGUCGGGUCAGACGAAAAUACCGCUUUAUAUUGCAAUCUAUGGGCUGCUAGUUGCGUCUGCAUUUACUCGCGUACAAGGACAGAAGCCUCAGCUCUCAUUAUUUCGACCAAAAGGAAGUUGCAAGACUGGAAAAAUAUCCAUACCCUUGACAGAAGAAGAAGAAGAGAAGGCUCGUUUUCAUGUCUCUGCGUAUUCAUGGAGAUCUCGAGAAUAAUAACCUUUCCGAGGCACGGAGGACCAAGAUUUGAUGGAAGGUCGAAGAUGUCUGAAGCGUAUUGAGUGCACCAUGGGACGGAAGAAUUGUUUCAGCUUUUGUCCAAAAAAAGUGCCAAAAGACAGACGAAAUUCCUGCGUCUACUGAAAGGAAGACAGACUAAGCAAAAGGGUUACGAGGAAAAGCUUGUCCCCAGAAUUAGUCAAUGAACGCUGCGUAUUCCCAGAAAUUCAGGUCAGUGGAAAUGUAAGGAGCGAGCUUACUUUACAGGACAGCUAACCUACUUUACCUGACUUCAAAUCUUGCGUUAAAUCUUUGUAGCUUAACUAGUCUAUCUAAGCUUGCAAAGACAUGCAACUCCGUAGAGCGAAGAGGGCCGAUUCAAUAAGAGCUCAAUCAUAAGCAGUAAUCAUCAUGCUUGCUUUCCGAAAUGUGUGAUCCAAACGUAACUAACGUAGCCAAAUCGGAGGAAAUCAGACACACUGUUGUUCUGUUGCCUAGUCUCGGUUGCCUGAUGAGAUGAGAUUAGAGCAGAGCAGAGCCGAUCAACUACCUCGCAGAGGGAGAGCAGGCCAAAAGCUUCCUUGUCUUGCUACAACUUCCAAGCGCGCUCCUAAGAUCCUACCGCUUCGUCCAUGUUCAGCGGAUGAAGAGAAAAGUGGAAUCGUGGAAAACGUCGACCGUGGAUGGACAUGACAUGACAGCACUGAUCGAGCAGAAGGGAGCUCAUGAUAUUGUCUUGAAAUCUGUCGUGCUUACCGGUUCUACCUCGUAGGCUCAGAGCGUUGGUUUGUCACAUUUUGCACACACGUUUAGAGCCGAGCCGAUACAGGUGUAAAGAAUGUUCUCGAUCAACUGCCAAUCGUCUGGGCUGGACCAGGAGCAGGUUCUCGCUUCGAAAGAACGCCCCCGACCAAGGUGGUGCAAAGCUGCGUACGCUGUUCCAUAUCUCGUUGCAUGGGCCUCAAGCACAAGAAAAAUACUGCUCAAGAGCACCGUACGACGCGAUUUCGAGCCACGAGGGUAAGGUUGAGGGUGAGGUGUUUGGGAGGGUCGGUCUAUCUAUCGUAUUCGGUUCGCUAGCAUUUCGGUUCCAGCGCUUGUCGCACGACAUGCAACUUUGGUGUCUCCAAAGCCCGUGGCUGCUGCUGCUAGCGACGUCGAAAGAGGAAAAAAAAAAUGGUUAUCGAGCAUGAAAGAUCCCGGCAUCGCCACAAAAAGUACCCUUCUCGUCCUCGGCCUUUACAAAAUUGAUCGACGAGGCUUCACAGGUCUCCCCGCCACCCUCACCGACAUGACACGACACGACAUAGCCUGACCUGACCCUGACCUGGGCCUCGACCGCAGACCUAACCGGGCUCGCUCGCCCUCGACCUUUAUUGAAUAUAUACAAAAGCUUCUUGCGUAACGGUCCGCUCGUGACAAACGGUAGAGAGAGAGGGAGGGAGAGGGAGAGGGACGUCGAGAUAUUCGACUUCUUGGUCGCGGGUACAAUUCUUGCUCGCCAAGUUUCCUCGAUCGUAUUUCGAUGUCGAAGGACCGGCCGAUGCUGAGGCUGAGGCUGAGGCGGGCAUUACAUGUCGACCUCGCUCGCUGCGAGAGCUGCGAGAGCUGCGAGUUGCGAGAUGCGACGCUAAGACGAUGGCCUAACUUCGUUAAGGCUGUCGGACGGAAGCGAGCCUCGUACUGACUGUGUAGAUUAGCCGGUUACAGUUUCGUCUUACACGUACCGUCGACACAGCUGUUGGCGAGCCCAUAAUCUCUAGAAAUCUGACAGUUCAGAAUCUAGUGUGCAAUCCAUUCCCUUUCAAGUGACAACUUUCUGGCAUAUAAUACUCGCGAGUGGUACAAGUUUCUUUGUUUUCAUUCAUGAUCAGUGUCAUACGAGCAAAUGAUGUAAGGCCCUUCUUUCUCUCUCUCUCUCCCUCUCUCUCUAUUCAGAGAUCCUCAGAAAGAUUAUAUUUUCGAGGCAUAAUAUCUUGUACUUGAUUUAUGACAUCAAAUAUCCACUUUUACCAGACUUGGAAAGCUGAGACGUGAAGACGCUCUUCAUGGCUUGCUAUCAAUAGCUAAAUCUACGUAUUAAUCCUGUCGACAUAAAUCAGAAAAAAGAAGAUCCCCUCUGUGAUACAUUUUACGCCUUGACCAGACCAGACCAUGAAUCUGUACGUCCCUUCCGUAAUCCUCAAGACGAGAAGGCCACACUCCAUUCAUGCACUUACUGCACAUUAGGAAAUUUGUGAUUCGAAUGAGGAAAAACUGAGCCGUGAGUUGCGAGUCAUCAGAUCAAAUGUUUCCAAGGUCGAAUUUUUUAUAUUUUUCUAUUCUAUAGAUUCUCAAUAGAAGAUUCUUCUCAUUAUACUGCAACCACGAUUGAAGAUGCUCUGCGGUACAAAUGAAUGAACUGAUAAGAUCGUCCCCGGGCCGACGACAGUGUUGUUGAUGGCCCUGCGGUGUAGUCUGGAGAAUCAGGCCUUCUUAUCAUUUGACUGUUGUUGUGAAGAGACAUUCAGGAGAAUCUUGUUGACCCUUUUCGAAGAUUAGCAGCUUAUGAGGUCUCGACAAAAUCUGGUAAAGCCUUGCUCAAACCCGUCGAGGUCGUUCUUGAUUUAUUAAAUAAUUUGAAGUGGGAAAUAUCUCCAUUUAUGGUAGAAGGUGUUAUCAUGACCUAAAUUAGAGUUUUCAUGGCUAGAUAAUGCUGACACAAGAAAAGGCGUGUGUACUUAUUUUUACUUUACCUGGAUUCCACGAUUUGCGUG